GCAGGCAUCCCACCCCUCGUCUCACACCGUCGCCAUGGCAACGGCCAGAGCCGCAUCUCAUUGGCGGCCUCCACGGCGUGUGGCGUGAGUGAGAGAGUGAGUGAGUGAGUCCCACAUCAAAGCCCCAGGAAUCGGGAGGAAGGAAGACGGAGAGAAGGAAGGAUGCUGCCGGGAGCAACGACAUGAGCCGGCGGCGACGGAAUCGCAAAGGUGUGCCGUUGCGCAAUCGGAGCAGGCGAUAACACCAAUGCGCAACGUCUUCAGGAGGAAAAGAGAGUCGUGGUUCGCUUGCCGUCUCCCCCUCAGAGGCCGAGAGAGCGUUCGGAACCAAAAAGGUGCGUGACGCCGUGAUGGCAGGAGGCUAUUGCGCGAUGGUAGCUUUGGGGAGUCGAUAACGCCAUCGCGCAACGUCUCUUCGGGAGGAAAGGAGAGUCGUGGUUCGCUUGCCGUCUCCUCCUCAGAGAGCGUUUCGAAACCCGAAAGGUGUGUGUGACACUGCGACUGAAGGAGGCUAUUGCAAUAUUGCAGCUUUGGGGAGUCAAUAACGCCAUUGCGCAACGUCUCUUCAGGAGGAAAGGAGAGUCGUGGUUUGCUUGCCGUCUCCUCCUCAGAGGCCAAGAGAGCAUUCGGAACCAAAACCGUGCAUGACACCGUGAUUGAAGUAGGCUAUUGCGCCAUUGCCGAGGACUCUUUGGCGGCUUCGGGGAGGCAAUUGCGCCGUUGCCAAGGACUCGGGGAGUAUUUCCAAUUUGCUCGCCAUCCCCUUCCUUUUCCAAACUUCGGAAGGAUGCUCUGACUCUGCAAGAGGAAACCACGAUCUUGGGAAAUUCAGAGGAUCGAGACCUUCCUGGAGGUGCGCAAUAGCGCAAUUGACGGAGGCGAUAGUGCAGUCGGCGAGGGCCGUUUGGUAGCUUUUGGGGCGAAACAGGAGAGGAAAAGGGAGUGUCCGUAUUUCCUUGCAACCUUCUCCUCCUUUUGGGUCAAGACGUUGAUAGCGGAGAUGCGCAAUAGCGUUAUUGCGCCAUGGCAAAGGGGGCGAUAACGUGUUGGCAAAGGGCACAAAUUGGCCUCAAACAGAAGAGGAAAACGAAGUGUCCAUAUUUGCUUCCUAGUUUGGAUCAGGAUGUUGUCAUCAGAGGUGCGUGAUCCUGCUAUUGCGCAGCAGUGACGGAAGCAAUACUGUAUUAAUACAGGACAACCAAUUGAUUGGUGACUUUUGGGGUCAAACAGAAGGGGAAAAGAAAGUGUCCAUAUUGCUUCCCGCCUCUUCCGCCUUAGGAUCAAAACGUUGUCAUCACAGGCUUGCUGCUUCUUCCUCUUUCGGGUCAAGACGUUGUCAUCAGAAGCGCAUGAUCCUGCUAUUGCACAAUAGUGAUGGAAGCAAUACCGUAAGGACAACUGAUUGAUUGGUGACUUUUGGGGUCAAACAGAAGAGGAAAAGUAAGUGUUCCUAUGCGCUUGCCACCUUUGCCUCAUUCAUAUCAAGACAUUGUCAGUGUAGAUGUGCAAUAGCGCUAUUUUGCGGUGCAGAUGUGCAAUAGCAUCAUAGCUGAAGGCAAAUACUCUGCAACUUUGGGGGAGGAAAAGGAAGUGUUCCUAUGUGUUUGCGACCUUCUCCUCUUUCAGGUGAAGACAUUGUCAGUGUAAAUGCACAAUAGCACUAUUUUGUGGCGUUGAUGCGCAAUAGCACUAUUUUGUGAUGCUGAUGAGCAAUAGCGUCAUAGCCGAAGGCAAAUACUCGGCAGUUUUGGGGAAGAAAAAUAAGUGUUCGGAUUGCUUCCCACGUUGUCCUCAUUCAAGUCAAGACAUUGUCAGUGCAGCUGCGCAAUAGUGCUAUUUUACUGUGCUGAUGCGCAAUAGCAUCAUAGCCGAAGGCAAAUACUCGGCAGUUUUGGGGAAGAAAAAGAAGUGUUUGGAUUGCUUUCCACAUUCUCCUCAUUCAGAUCAAGACCUCGUCAGUACAGAUGUGUAACAGCAUUAUUUUAUGGUGCUGAUGCACAAUAGCGCUAUUUUGUGAUGCUGAUGAGCAAUAUCGCCAUAGCCAAAGGCAAAUACUCAGCAGUUUUGGGGAGGAAAAGGAAGUGUUUGGCUUACUUGCCACGUUCUCCUCAUUCAGAUCAAAACGUUGUCAGUGCAAAUGCGUAAUAGCGCUAUUUUAUGGUGCUGAUGCACAAUAGCGCUAUUUUGUGGCACAGAUGCACAAUAGCACCAUAGCCGAAGGCAAAUACUCGGCAGUUUUGGGGAAGAAAAAUAAGUGUUCGGAUUGCUUCCCACGUUGUCCUCAUUCAGGUCAAGACAUUGUCAGUGCAGAUGCGCAAUAGAGCUAUUUUGCUGUGCUGUUGCGCAAUACCACCAUAGCCGAAGGCAAAUACUCAGCAAUUUUGUGGAAGAAAAAGAAGUGUUUGGAUUGCUUCCCACGUUGUCCUCAUUCAGACCAAGGCCUCGUCAGUGCAGAUGCGUAAUAGCGCUAUUUUGUGUUGCUGAUGCACAAUAGAGCUAUUUUGCUGUGCUGAUGCGCAAUAGCACCAUAGCUGAAGGCAAAUACUCAGCAGUUUUGGGAAAGAAAAAGAAGUGUUCGGAUUGCUUCCCACGCUGUCCUCAUUCAGACCAAGGCCUCGUCAGUGCAGAUGCGUAAUAGCGCUAUUUUGUGUUGCUGAUGCACAAUAGAGCUAUUUUGCUGUGCUGAUGCGCAAUAGCACUAUAGCUGAAGGCAAAUACUCAGCAGUUUUGGGAAAGAAAAAGAAGUGUUCGGAUUGCUUCCCACGUUGUCCUCAUUCAGGUCAAGACCUCGUCAGUGCAGAUGUGUAAUAGCGCUAUUUUAUGGUGCUGAUGCACAAUAGCGCUAUUUUGUGGUGCUGACGCACAAUAGCGCUAUUUUGUGGUGCUGAUGCUCAAUAGCUGAAGGCAAAUACUUGGCAGUUUUGUGGAAGAAAAAGAAGUGUUUGGAUUGCUUCUCACGUUGUCCUCAUUCAGAUCAAGACAUCGUCAGUCCAGAUGCGUAAUAGCGCUAUAUUGCUGUGCUGAUGCGCAAUAGCACUAUAGCCAAAAGCCAUAGUCAAGACAUUGGCCGGGGUGCACGAUAGCGCUUUUGCGUAGCGGUGAAGGAGGCGAUAGCGCCCUCGCCUCGCUGUUUCCCGACUUCCCGGGUUAAGACGUCAUUGGCGGAGGUGCGGAAUAGCGCUAUUGCGCAGUGGCGACGGAUGCAAUAACCAGCAAAAACGGGGUCCGCCGCUCGGGAUGAAGGACCAGGAGUCGGACGAGUCGGAGCCCCCCGGGGAGGCCACGGCGGGGUCGGCAGAGACGGGGAGCAGCUCCCCCGAACGUCGCGGAGACGAGGUGCCGUCCCGAGGAAGUUCGCCGUGUUCCUCGGCACGGGAAAGUGGGGGCGGCGGGCCAUGUCCGUCGGAGGCGUCAUCAACCCAGCCCGGCGUGAGCUACCACUGCCUCCUGCGACAGAACCAGGUCCUCCUCACGGCCUUGGAGGAACUCCAGUCCCGAUGCGCCAACCUGAAAAGAGAGAACGGCCUACUGCGGAAGAGCUGCUUCCCGGAGACGCAGGAGAAAGUACGGCACCUGAAGAGGAAGAACGCGGAGCUGGCCGUGAUCGCCAAGCGGUUGGAGGAGCGAGCCCGGAAGCUCCAGGAGGCCAACCUCAAAGUAGUGAACACGCCGGUGUCCGUGAAGGGCUCCUGCGCCGGACUCUGCAAGAGGGCCUUGGCCCGGCAGCGGGUGACGGACCUCCGGGAACAGGCAGGAGCCCUCCUGGCCAAGGACAAGCAGAUCAACGCCCUGCAGAGGGAGUGCCAGGAGCUCCGGGACCACGUCCCCGCUGGGAAGGAAGAACCUUCUCGGCUCCUGGACUUCCACCAGCUCCUCCGCGAAUCCCAGAAGGAGGUCCUGCGUCUGCAAAGACAGAUCGCCCUGAAGAGCUCCAAGGGGCCGCCUUGCGGUCAGGCGGGGCCGAAGGCUGCCCAACCCUUCCCUAUGGGCCCCACCAAGGUUUGGGGCCCGCCGCGGAGGGCGAGAUUCGAACCCUGCUCCAAUGGCUUGCCACCUCCUUCGCGGACAUCCAGACGGUCCCUUCCGACCCACAAGCCUGUUUCGUUGCCCAACAAUGGAGAGGAAUCCCGGCUCCCCGUAAAAAGGGGCGUUUCGGCACCCGCAGCCCCCGAAAUUAAGCAGCAAAUCCAGCAACUGGAAUCGGAGCUGAGGAAGAAGCGGAAGCAAUGCGAGACCCUCGAGCAUGAAGUGAGGAAGAAGCACAAGAGAUACGCCGAACUCGAAACCCAGCUUCAGGAGGUGGCGAGUGAGAAUGUCCGCCUGUCGGAAGAGAACGCUCAGCUCCAGGGGCAAGUUGAGUGGAUAGAGAAGGUUGAGUCCGAAAAUGCCGACCUGAGGCUCCGGGUGUCGGAAGUGACCGAGGAACGGGAUUCGGCUCUCCAGAAAACCCAAGAACUUGAACACAGGCUGGAGAGUCUUGGGCAAGCCCUCCAGCACAUGAGAGAUGUCGCGGAACGGAGGCAACAGCUGGAGCACGACCACGAGAAAGCCCUGCUGGCUUUGCAGAAGAAGAAAGAGGAGGUCAAGGAGCUCCAGCAGGCUCAAGCCGAGGCCCGGAAGGAGCACGAAGGAGCCGUCCAACUCCUCGAGGCCCGGGUUCAAGAGCUGGAGAACCAAUGCCAGAACCACACUGAGCAGUUCAACUUCCUCUGCCAGGAGCUCAAGCGAUUCCGGCUCCAGACAGGGAAAAUCGGGCACCCACCUCACGCUUCCUCUCCCUCGACCGCCAUGGUGAUGUCGGAGGUCACCUUGGCCUCCUGCCCUCCGUCUCCUUCUCCAACUCAACACCCGAACCAUGGCCUCAAGGACAAAGAUCGAGGGCUUCCCUCUGGCUCAUCUUCCCGAUUCAUCCAGAAAAUUCAAUCCGAGGAUGUGGAAGAAGCUCCUCUGCCUGGACUAUGGCUCCCCGAACAUCCCAUUGGUUGCGUCGUGGCCAGAAGUCCAGACAUGCUCAUCCUUCCUGUCGCCAACCGGAAGCCCUCCAAGAAAGUGGAAUCCCAAUCCAGUUCGUCGCGGUCCGAAUCCAUACCCACCACCAGUCCAAAAUCCUGCCCGACUCCGGAGGUGGACACAGCCAGUGAGAUGGAAGAGCUGGAUAUCGAUAGCGUCUCCCUUAUUCCAGAUUCCGAGAGCCACCGGCCAGGGAAGCUCCGCGUCUUCCUUGCUCGAUACAGCUACAACCCCUUUGACGGUCCCAAUGAAAAUCCUGAAGCAGAACUCCCCUUGACAGCCGGAGAGUACAUUUACGUCUACGGAGAAAUGGAUGACGACGGCUUCUUUGAAGGGGAGCUGAUGGAUGGUCGCCGAGGCCUGGUCCCGUCCAACUUUGUGGAGCGGGUGUCCGACGACGACUUGGUGACCUUCUUGCCCGGCGAGUUCAGCGACCUCUCCCAAAGCUCGCCCCUGGACCGGAGCUUCCUGAGCAGCGGCGAGCGGAGUGACCUCUCAGCUGACGAUCCCAAUAACGUCCCAUUGAGGUUGGAAGGGGAUCCCAAGGAUAGAGAGACCCCGAACCCAGCGGUGCCUUAUCCCAGGAAGGUGACCCUCAUCCGGGAGUUCGGCUCCGGCUUGGUAGUGGGUUGGGACCCUCCUUUCCCGUCUGCUGGUUGCCCCGAAGUCCAGAGCUACCACGUCUUUGUGGACACCGAGCUCCGGCAAAAUGUGAAGGCAGGAGGCCAGACGAAGGCCGUCCUGGAGAAGCUGGACUUGAGGACCAAAGCCUACCGCAUCUCAGUCCAAAGCGUUUCUGAGAAAGGGAUCUCCGACUGCCUUCGGUGCACCUUCUUGGUCGGGAAGGACUUUCCAUUGGCGCCCGUUGACCUCAUGGCACGGAACGUGGAGGCCACCUCUGUUGAAAUCUCCUGGACCCCCAGCAAUAGUAACUUCUCCCACAUUGUGUAUCUCAAUGGGGAGGAACAUGGCACGACCAAGGCAGGGGUCUACUGGUACACCUUCCGUUGCUUGAACCCAAACACACCCUACGUGGCCACUGUGGAGGUCCAGCCCCAGUCCGUACAGGAGAGGCAGGAGCAAGCGUUGUUGUCCGCUGAAAUCCAUUUCACAACGGCUUUGGCAGGUUCUCCAGAUGCUCCGCUCGACGUCCGAGUCGAACCGGGACCCAGUCCUGGCAUCCUAGUCAUCAGCUGGUUGCCGGUCACCAUCGAUGCCGAAGGGUCGUCCAACGGGGUCCGGGUCACCGGGUAUGCCCUUUACGCCGACGGACAGAAGGUGAUGGAGGUGACUUCCCCAACCGCCGGCAGCGUUUUGGCUGAUGUUUCCCAGCUGCAGAUGCUCCAAAUGUGCCGAGAAGUCUCUGUGAGAACCGUCUCCCUGUAUGGGGAGUCGUCGGAUUCGGUGCCGGCUCAGAUCCCCUCGGCUUUGUUGGAGAAUCCCUGCAGUCCGUCUUCGCGUCCGGAACCGAGUUGCCUCUCUUGUGGCGUCCGAGGACGAGAUCCCAUCGGUCCGGUUGCCAAAUUGACUACAAAGCCCAACGAGAGCGAGUCAACCACUCCGAUCGGGCACAAAUGGCAUCCGGUCACCCCAGGAACGGACCCUCUGCUCCAAGGAGAGGGCCUUGUUCCAUCUUCAGGUUGCGAUGUGGCCCGAAAGGAACCCGGAGAAGACCACCAGGAGGAAUUGGUCCACCAAGCAAGGGAUUUGGAGAUCUCCGGAGGCAGUGGGACCCUUGGCAUUUCGAUGGGAGACAAGCCGAAAGAGUCAGUGGAAAGGACGGAGACGAGCUCUGGAGACGGGACUCAUAGUGACCGCCGGGCCCUCGAACCCGGGAUUUCAGGGCGGACGAAGCUCUCAAAGGAUGUCCCCAAGGACGAGCCCAUUGUCCCGGCCCGGCGAGAGCAAGGAGAGAAAAGGUCCGAUCCAGGGAAUCGGCCGCUGAACCUGCUGACGGAUCAUCCCCGCAGCUCCGACCUUUCCGACAUUAUGGAGGAGGAAGAGGAAGAGGAGGAGGAAGAUCGUGCUGGGUCUCAGGGUCCAAGAUGGAAACUGAGCGAAUCCUGCAGUCGGGAAAACGGAGAGAAGUUUGACUCCGACGGAGACAGCGACGAAGAAGUCUUGGAACGCAUCCUGGAGGCGGCGCCGUUGCCGAAAAACCACAGCAAAGCGCUCUUUAGCAUCCCAGAGGUCACCGAGGAAGAAGAGGAGGAGGAAGACUGGGCACAGCGGGAGGCGUCUCCCGUCAAGAAAGCAAAGGAUCGGACGAAGAAGUGCGGAGGUCUUUCAGGAUACGGGCAGAUGCUCAGAAGGCGGAAGGACGAGCUAAGCUGGGAUUGCCGAGAAUCACGAAUCGGGUUCGGUAACGACGAAUCGCGAGGCAAACAGGCGCAGAAAUCCGGCCGUUGCACAAUCGGAGGAGGCCUUUAUCGAGCACACAGUUUGAAGGAGAACCUGGACGUGAUCACCAACCUUGAGCCAGGGUCCGACGUGUGCGGCUGGAAGGCGGUCCGUUGUCGCCGCACGAUGCCCCAGGAACCCGUCCGGAGACUCUGCCUGAGUCCGGAAAGUCUGGAGAUCGACGUGGAAUACGACUCCGAGGAAGACCUCACCAUCAUGUCCACUCCGGUGACCAACUUGAGCUCGGCCGACGGGUCGCCCACCGACUGCGAGGAGGAAUGGAGCGACUCCUCGGGAUCCAACGAUCCGAAGGAGCUAAAGCGCUGCAGCAGUUGGGACGCCGACGAGCGGACCGAGGCGCAGAAAGGCUCUCCGGGACACUCUCCCCGACGGAGGGCGCGGACAACCGGAGGGGCCGUGGAGGAGCGGAGCCGGAGCCUGGAGAGGAGCCCCUCGCUCUGGAGAGCCCUCGCCGAACGCAAAGACCCUCCUCGGAAUUGGGAGAUGAGGGACAUUGAAGUAGAGCCGUUGAAUUCCAAAUCUUGGCGGGCUCCAACCAGAAGAGGCAGAAGGCCCCGGAGGAAAAGCCGAGAAGAAUCGGCUCCUUUUGGUUCUUGGAGGGGCUCCUCUCCUGAAACGAUGGACGAGGAGGACCCCCUGAGGCUUUUCGUGGCCCUCUUUGACUACGACCCCGUCUCGAUGUCUCCAAAUCCUGAUGCCGCGGAAGAGGAGCUCCCAUUUCAGGAAGGCCAGAUCCUGAAGGUCUAUGGCCACAAGGACGCCGACGGCUUCUACCGAGGGGAGUGCGCAGGCCGAAUUGGGUACAUCCCGUGCAACAUGGUUUCUGAGGUCCAAGUUGACAGCCAGAGCGCCAGGACGCAGCUCUUACAAGAUGGCCGCAUCUCCACUGACAUGCUGGUGGAACGCCUAGACAAUGGUGCAUUUUCUCCACCCCGACGUCCACCAAGGGCUCACCCUCCGAAGCCACGGAGAUCCAAGAAAGCAGAACGGAAGAAGCAAGGAGCUGAAGGUCCUGGUCUUGGAGCCCACGAAAUCCAGGACCUGAGUUCGGAGGAGGACGUCCCGAGGACGAUGGUGGCCAUCUUUGAUUACAACCCCCAGGAGAACUCUCCCAACCCGGACGCCGAAGUGGAGCUGAGGUUCGCUGCCGGGGAUGUCGUGACCGUCUUGAGCUCGAUGGACGACGAUGGCUUCUACUACGCAGAGGUCAACGGGCAGAAGGGCCUGGUCCCCUCCAACUUCCUGGAGGCCGUGGGGUCGGAGGGAGCGCGCCCGGACCGGGUGGCCCUCGGGCGGCAAGGAAAGCGUCCAUCCUGAGGGAUCCACUCCAAGCCACACGUGGACAACCCCGUUUCCCUCCUUCUCAAAACUGUGCCAAACGAAUGGGUUCUGCGCCGAUCCCGUAUGUGUUUUGGGUUUUAGCCCGAACUUCGGAAGAACGGCACCCAUUCCGGGAUCGGACAUUAAAUUAUUUAAGGAUUCGGACUAAAACCCAGCACGGUUUUUCAUGCAAGCCAUGCUGGACCACACGAAAGGAAUCUGGGCUUCUUUAAAUUUCGGACUAAAAACCCAGAACGGAUUCCAUUGAAACCAAGGAAUCAACUAAAAUCCGAAAUGGGUUCAGCAACCCAAACAUGGGUCAUAUAAAGUUUGGACUAAAAACACGGAAUGGAUUCACUAAACUGGUGGUCUUCGCACCUUGAAAGCUCGGACUGAAACCCGGAGCGGAUUGAGUGAUCCUCUGAACACAGAAAGUUAUGCUGGGCCAGAUUGCAAGGAUCUCAGAGUUGUUAAAGUUCGGACUUAAACCCGGAGCGGAUUCAGUCAUCCUCAGAACACUGAACCGCAUUGCAAGGAUCGUAGAGUCAUUAAAGUUCGGACUAAAACCCGGAGCGGAUUCAGUCAUCCUCGGAACACUGAACCGCAUUGCAAGGAUCAUAGAGUCAUUAAAGUUCGGACUAAAACCCGGAGCAGAUUCAGUCAUCCUCGGAACACUGAACCGCAUUGCAAGGAUCGUAGAGUCAUUAAAGUUCGGACUAAAACCCGGAGCGGAUUCAGUCAUCCUCGGAACACUGAACCGCAUUGCAAGGAUCGUAGAGUCAUUAAAGUUCGGACUAAAACCCGGAGCGGAUUCAGUCAUCCUCGGAACACUGAACCGCAUUGCAAGGAUCGUAGAGUCGUUAAAGUUCGGACUAAAACCCGGAACGGAUACAAUAGAAACCAUGCUGGGGAAUCUUAGUGUCACUCCUGUUCGGACCGAAACCCGGAGCGGAUUCAUCCGCCCUCUGAACACAUUGCAAGGAUAUUAGAGUUCGGACUAAAACCCGGAACGGAUUCAAUGGAAGCCACGCUGGGCAAAUCUUAAUGUCGCUCCAGUUCGGACUAAAACCCGGAGCGGAUCCGGGUCUCCAGCCUGCCUUAUGUGAGAUUCUAAGCUGCCAAGCACUUCUACGGGGAUGGAAAGCGGGUGGGCGACCGAGGGCGACUGUCACGGCCAAAAGAUACGUCCCGUGUUUUCCUUUUUCUACCAGAGCCGAUUCCCUUGCAUGUUUGUACGGGACGGGAUCAUUCCCUGAUUUAUUUAUUACAUUAAAGUCUAUUUUCGCAACCGGA